UGCUGCAUUGUCAAGUAAUACUUAAAUAGUACGGUGUGUGAUCAGCAAAAACUAGCCAUGCAAGGCAGAUCAAUCUGCGAUAGCCACGAAGAAGAAGAAAGCAAAAUAUUCUCUUAAUGUUCCCUCUAUUUAUAUCUGAAAUGUAGCAAGGAGGAACUGCAGCAAAAGUGCAUUAGUUUAUAGUUUUUAACUGAAAACUGAAGUUGCAUGUCACGUACUUCUGUUACGAUGAAAUUGCAGCUUUCUUCCUCCACCCCUGUAAAUAUCCAGACGAAGCUCCCUAUUCUUGGAUUGGGUCGUUAUCAUCUGCGAUAUUCACCAAAGCUUCCUUCUAAUUUUCAGAGCACGUCCAUAUCCAACUCGCAUCAAACUCCAAAUCCUAUUUUGCUCCACCCUCCAGUAAACCAGAGUGUUGCAGCAAUAGUAUUUGGAGAAGGAUCAGACUCAAGGCUUUACCCAUUGACAAAGAGAAGAUCAGAAGGGGCUAUUCCCAUAGCAGCUAAUUACAGACUCAUUGAUGCAGUUGUGAGCAACUGCAUUAACAGCAACAUAAAUAAGAUAUAUGCUCUCACACAAUUCAAUUCUACAUCUCUCAAUUCCCACCUCUCAAGAGCCUAUUCUGGAGCAGGUCUUGGGAAAGAAGGGUUUGUCGAAGUGAUUGCAGCAUAUCAGAGCCCUGAAGAUCAGGAUUGGUUUCAGGGAACUGCCGAUGCUAUACGAAGGUGUCUGUGGGUCCUAGAAGAGUAUCCGGUGGCUGAAUUUCUGGUCCUCCCUGGCCAUCAUCUCUACAAAAUGGACUACCAAAAGCUGAUAGAAUUCCACCGGAAUAGAAAAUCCGAUGUAACUAUUGUUGCUUCAAAUGAUAUUACCGUGAGAGAUCAAGACUCAGGCUUUGGUCUACUAAAAAUAAAUACAGAAAAUCAAGUCAUACAGUAUACUUUGAAGUCAGACAGAGAACACAUAAACUAUUCAGUAGCAGAAACUUUGACUAGAUUCAAUGAUACCAGUUAUAAUAAUGUUCCAAGUAUGGGAAUCUACCUCAUCAACAGAGCUACAAUGGUAAAUCUUCUGAAUAAACAUUUCCGCAAGGCAAAUGACUUUGAAAGUGAAGUGAUACGGGGUGCAAUAUCUCUAGGAAUGAAGGUUCAGGCAUAUUUGUUUGAGGGAUAUUGGGAGGACAUGAGGAGCAUUGAAGCUUUUUACCAAGCAAACAUGGAAUGUAUAAAGAAAUCAGAUAUGGGAUACAACUUCUAUGAUAGAGAUUCUCCUGUCUACACUAUGCCUCGAUAUUUGCCUCCUACCAUUAUAAGUGAUGCCGUGAUAACAGAUAGUGUCAUUGGAGAUGGUUGCAUUCUCAAUAGGUGCAAGAUCAAAGGAACAGUGAUUGGAAUGAGGACAAAAGUUGCAGAUGGGGCAAUCGUAGAAGAUUCAGUGAUCAUGGGUUCUGAUAUCUAUCAGAUUGAAGAUGGCCAUGAGAGCGGCAUUGCCGUUGAGGAGAAGGGAAUAGGCAUCCCGAUAGGAAUUGGUGAAAAUACUCAAAUUAGAAAAGCCAUUGUAGAUAAGAACGCGAGGAUCGGAAAAAAUGUUAAGAUCAUCAACAGAGAUAAUGUGGAAGAAGGGGGCAGGGAGGCCGAUGGUUACAUAAUCAGUGGAGGAAUUAUGGUCAUUCUUCGGAGCGCAGAGAUUCCGGACGACAGCAUCUUAUGAGAUUUAUCAUGGUCACCCACCGUUGAAAUAUUUGUUGCAGGCGAUUCUUUCAUCUAUAUACACAAAGUCAUAAACAAAAGAAGGAAAGAUUCAUAAAGACACAUAGAUGGAUGUAGGUGUAGCUGCUAUUUUUUGAGGUGAAACUCUCAGCCUCUCGCCUCUCACAAAAGCAUAACCUGCAAUAAUAUCAUUUUCAAUCUUUUAUGUUCA